GAUUGGCCGAUUGGGACUAAGCACCAACUUCACCGGCCAUCAUCCUAUUUUCUCUAUCAGCAAGAAGCUGAGGAGAGAAGAAUUGGCAGAAGCGAAGCUAAAAAUCGAGACGAAGAUGCACGGUUUCUCGAAGAUUGAGAAAGAUGUGGACUUGGAGGCGGGGACGCUCUACCCCGGCCUGAGUGCCGGCGAGAACGAGCUCCGAUGGGGCUUCGUUCGCAAGGUCUACGGCAUCCUCGCCGCUCAGAUUGUUCUUACCGCCGCCGUGUCGGCCGCUACCGUGAUCUACGCUCCCAUCAAUAAUCUCCUCACCGGAUCUCCUUCUCUCGCUCUCGUUCUUGCCUUCCUGCCUCUUAUCUUGAUGUGCCCACUUUACCAUUACCAACAAAAACAUCCACUGAACUUUGUAUUAAACUUUGUAUUUCUUGGGUUGUUCACUGUUUCCCUCAGCUUAAGUGUUGGUGUGGCUUGUGCAAAUACCAAAGGAAUGAUAGUACUUGAGGCGUUGAUUUUAACAUCUGGUGUUGUAUUAUCGUUGACCGGCUAUUCUUUCUGGGCUUCUAGAAAGGGGAAGGAUUUUAGCUAUCUUGGACCAGCUUUGUUUGCUGGCCUGGUGGUUCUUCUGUUAACAAGCUUUAUUCAGAUGUUCUUCCCACUUGGACCAACCUCUGUUGCCGUAUUCGGCGGGCUUGGCGCUCUCGUCUUCUCGGCCUUUCUCAUCUACGACACCGACAACUUGGACAACUUGAUCAAGCUGAUCAAGCGUUAUACCUACGACGAGUACAUCUGGGCCUCGGUUGCUCUCUAUCUUGAUGUCCUAAAUCUCUUCCUCUCCAUCCUGAACCUUCUGAGAGGCAUGCAGUCUGAUGGCUAGUGGAGCCCUCAGAAGAAAAAUAACUGGUUGCAUGUAGGUUAAAAAGGUCUAAACUUGACUGAAAUUUAAGACUGUUUUUAACAAAUCUGUAAGUGCAUUGUGUGUGAAUGUCUGAUUAAGUGAGGUGUAUUAUGGAAAGUUUGGUAUUUUAAUGAGUUUUUGUGUCUGUCACUUUCAUUUCCAGAAUGAAUUAAACUGGUUUUUGCGUU